AGAAAAGAAAUAGUGAUCGUGCCGUAAGACCUUGUUCGUUUCUACUUGACGCCUCGGUUUUUUUUAUUUUACAUUAAAUUACAUAAGGUGCUAGCUUACUUAGCGCUUGCGCUAAGGAUCUAAUCAGAGUCAAACUUGGAUUUGAAAAAAAAAACCUUUCCCUUAUUAGCCGGAGGCUAAUAAGCUCCUUGAUCUUUAGUAAAGGCGGAUUAAGCCAAAAAAAAAAAUGUUUUUUUUUUCGAAAAGUCGUGACGUCCUCGUUGAGAGUCGUUCUGCGAGACGUCCAGUAGUCUCUGACUUGGUCGUCGAAUCGUAAGUUUCAGCCCGCUCCCUGCUCGCUCUAGCUGCCUGCAAGCGGCUGCUUCCAUGGCGUGCUUUCCCCUGUAUGUAAUUGAUAGAGGUUUGCGAUAAAAGAGCCCCUGCUGGUGGGCAAAUGGGGUAUGCUUUCUAGUUCAAAAACGGGCCCCUAAAUCCUUGUUUUAUUCCCUUUGAUGGGUACACCAUCAGACCGUCCAACAUAAACUCCUUGACCGUCGCGAUCUCGUAAGCCUAUCAAUGCGAAAAGCUUAACGACCUAGGAUCACGGCCUUUACUGACAUCCAGGGUUGACUUCGUGAGGGUGGAACUCUUGAAAGUUCUGGAAUAGACCUCUCUGACGGUAGUUUCGUAGCCUGAGAAAAGUGCUGCGAAGCGCAAGAGCGUAUCGAGAGAGGAUAUUUAGAGUGUAGUGGUCUAUGCUGGUCUUCUUCCUUUACUGCAAGCUAGUGACUGAGCCCAAAGCGGAGAGGAAGCAGAAACUUAAAUCUCCUCGCUGAGUAGUGAGGCCGCUUAACCCAGUGAAAGAAAGAGGAUCGGAGUGAAGCUUCUUUUCCCAAGAGGUUCAGAAGCGGAAAGAGAAGGGGGAACGGUCAAAAUUGACAGAUAUGGGGAUGGAUCACAGCCCCCUUCAUUAAGCACUGGGCUUUCGCUGAUAGCACCGACAUCUAAUUGAAUGGAUUAGGGAUUUGUCUCAGCAUAGAUUCACAUUCUCUCAUCGGGAUCAGAGUUCCUUCACGGCCAAGAGCGAACCCUCUUUCUCUUUCUUUUAACGGCCGGCACUACUAGUACUAGCUAGUUUUGACACUACUGCAUGCACUUCGAAGAAUUCCUUGGACUCCAUUUCAUUCUCGCGGGAGUCCUACGGAAAACGUCACAUUGUUUUGCCCAACCAUGCCGCCAGCACGCACCUACCUGAUCCAGAGCCACCAAGCAAGGGACCUGCCCCGUUGGAGACACCACAGCCUCUGGGUUCUUUAAAGAAAGGUAUGGGAUCGAUCUCUGCAUCGAAGGCCUUGCAUCUCUGCCCGCUCCCGAUUUUGGACUUGGUCUUAGCCGCCGUGGCGUGGGAUUAGCGCCCCCCAACCAAUCGACGAUUCGUCCGUCGUAAGGUCCUGAUAAACGAUAGGCUAGCCGGUCGGCUUUUCUCAUGGCAAAAGAAGAAAAGAAGCGAAGGGCACUCCAAACACAUCCAAUCUUCCAAAGGGCGUGGAUUGGAGCCCAGUGCCUGCAACAAUUACGGAGGAAGGUGGUUGGUUGUUCUCUUCCCUCUUCCAGAGCCUCGUAUCUUAAAACUGGUCUCUGAUCCGUUCUUAUCAUUAGUCGGAAAGCCUGCCCGCUGUACCUCUACCUUCUUCUACUCCUCUGUUGAGUAAUCGGUUUCUUCUUAAAUGAAAGCCAAACAUGUUCCCUAGUCACCUCACUUUUUUGGUCCCGGCCUCUCAUGGUUGUCUUUUGUCACUGGUCUAUGCUUCUUAGUAUAGUAGGUAUGAUGCCCAGCAACGGGCACCUGAAACCUGAACCGGAACCAAAAUAUAUAGUAGGAACCGCCGCAUUCGUCACUGAUUACCGAAAACCCUCUUUCCUCUGGUCUAUGAUCUCUGGUCCGCUUUGGCUAUUGAUCUGCUCCUCUUGUUAUUGAACUGGCGUGUUCAAUUGGCAUUGCCUUGUCCCCAACCCUAACAGGCACACCCGAAGAAAUGAGCAGCCAGCUUAUAAAUCUCCAACCAACCCCACAGCCCAAGUAGGCCAAAGGAAAGGGUACUGCUAGUGACCCAAGACCAGUCAAGACUGGCUCUCGGUUUGCACCACCGCUACGCCCUGCUGAUUAAACCACUGACGAGACAGCACAAGCGGGGCUUUCUGGAGCAUCUGCGUGAGUCCAUCAUGGACAAAGCAAUCUUCAGUCUGUAAAGGCAAAUCACAGGGUGGAAGGGACUCAGAUGAUGGUAUCCCAAAAUCAGUCCAAGCCCGUGACGACCCAGCUCUUGAAGUCUGACUACCCUCAAACCCUCCCCUGGCGACCUCCUCUUCUUUCGGCAGGCAGCCGCCAACUCGAGGAUCUCAUCUUUGGAUUCCCGAAACGCGAGGGUCACGAUCCCCCUUAGUCACGUAGGCUAAGACCGCGGGCCAUGAAGAAUGGUCCCUCUUCGUGCUCUGGUAGAGCCAUCAACGAAGAUGGAUUCCCAGGUUCUGUAUACUCCACUCUCAUUUGCGCUUUUCCUGAAACCAGACGUCAAAGGAUAGGCAUUAUGAGCCCUGUAUGUUGGCGUGGAAUCGUCGAUUGCUUCUUGGUUUGCUGGAAACAAGGCUUUCAUAGUGCUCUAUGGUCGAGCGGCUGGACACUCCUUUCAUUUCCCGUCCAUUAACCCGAACGUGAGACUGUUGAAGACAUGAGGAGAUGUAGCUUCAAAGAUGCUGUUCAAACUUCCUAUUUCAUUCCCCACUUCAAUGUGCCAAUCAAUGCGCUACGCUGGCAAAAGGGCUGUCAGAAAGAGUCCAAUCCCGAGGAGAGUUCAUGCGUGAAGUUUCUUUGUUGAAUGAAGGUGAGAAAAAGGGCUUCUUUGAUCGGGAAAUGCACGCACUUCUUUUGUUGUCGUUAAGGUCCCUUCCCCCUGAGUUCAAGAAGCUAUGAGGAGUGGUAAACUCUGAAAGGAAAGAUGGAAACAGGGGAGUUGGCUGAUAAAGAUGGGCAGUAACGAUUGCGUAAUAUCCAUUUUUCGGCCUCGUCAUCGAAAGCGGCUUCCAAUUGCUCGGAAAUUCUCAGCUAUAUGGGGAGCUUGGAUGGUGAGCAAAAACAAUUGAUCAAGAAGUUGGUCAACUUUCGCAUGAAAGAAGGUAAAAGAACGAGAGUUCGUGCUAUUGUUUAUCAAACUUUUCAUCGCCCAGCUCGAACUGAACGCGAUGUAAUAAAACUUAUGGUUGACGCUAUAGAGAAUAUAAAGCCCAUAUGCGAAGUAGAAAAAGUAGGAGUAGCAGGUACUAUUUAUGAUGUCCCUGGGAUUGUAGCCAGGGAUCGUCAACAAACCUUAGCUAUUCGUUGGAUCCUUGAAGCAGCUUUCAAACGACGUAUAAGCUACAGGAUAAGCUUAGAGAAAUGUUCAUUUGCUGAGAUACUAGAUGCUUACCGAAAGAGGGGAAUUGCACGUAAGAAAAGGGAGAAUCUUCAUGGACUGGCUUCCACCAAUCGAAGUUUCGCGCAUUUCAGAUGGUGGUAAAGUGAGACCGCAUAAAGAGCUUUUCCUCAUUCAGUCAGAUUUUUCAGUAAGAUAUGGUUUGACCCUUUUUCUUUUUGUUUGAAUCUUCAUAUAGACUACGUUCCUCAUACUCCUCCCUUCAUUCAUUGAGUUGGAGGAAUCCAUACCAUAGGAGGCCCGCCCGUUAUGCAUUGCAUGAAAGAACCUUUCUUUGUAUGACUUCUCUUUUGCCUCAGGUCGAAUGAAGGAGAUCAAUCAAAAAAAUAGGCCAUGAAUGAAGAAGUAGUGGGCCUUUCACCCUCUUUCUUUCGUCUGACUCGGGGAGCUGAUCUGAUAAAUGCACUUCAAAGGGAGGGAAGCUAGGUUUCCCAUGUUGGUAUGGCCGAGCAUAAAAGAUUUGGAAGUUAGGUCAAAAAGAAGAGGUAAAGAGAGAGAAGAGAACGGAAUCGAUAGCCCCGGCAAGAGAAAGAAAAGUAAGGACUCUCGUUUUCCGCAUACGCAUAUAGGCUGUGAAAAAGAAGUCUACUUUUAGAUUCUAAUAGAGAAAGAGAGAGAUUCGUCUACUUUCUUAAUCUUAAUAAGGUAACGGAACGAACUUCAAGUACUUCGUAGGACGCCGCCGUUUGCUAAGAUGUGCUUCUACAUCGUGAGCUUUAGUGCACAAGUCGUCGAAUCCCUUAAAGGUUUUGGGCAGGAGUAUCGACGACAAGUCGUGCCUGAAGUUGUUCAUGCACAUCUUGAGGAGCUCUUGCUGAGUAAACUUCUGGGGACAGGGGCUCGCCACCUUGCAAUGAACUCCGUGACAGGUUCAUUAUCCCUUUGCUUGGUCUUAUGAGGACAUGCCGGGAAUUGAUCCAGAGAUUGUGCAACACCGAAUCCCUCUCCACCCGGAUGCCUCUUAAGCAGAAGCUUAGGAGAAUGCGUGCCCAAUGGUCUAUGAGCUGUCCAAAGGAUCUAAGGGCUAUUAGCCGAUCUAACUAUGAGCAAGCUCCUGUAUGAGCUUGCGAGUCGGCUAUCUCGUCCCUUGAGCGAUCUAUCCCUGCUUUUGUUUGUGACUUUCUUACUUAUUCGCUUACGCGCACUGCUGCUUCCACCUUAAUAAGGCAAGCAAAGGCGACGGGUCAAUUGGCCAAGCCAUCAUCAUAGGGGAUAUAGGCAUCGUCGAACAACGGAUCCUGACCUUUACCUUUCACUUUGACUGACCCCUCUUCCGUUGGUCUACUAAAUUGACCUCUCCCUCUCCUUUGGGUUAACUCAGAUCUUUCUCCUUCUUUAAGCUAAACCUCCCAGGCGGCCUCUCUUUGGGAACCUCUGUUGCCUGACCUUGCUGGUGACUGCUUACCAGAGAUUGGUUCUCUCGGCGGGUUGAUCGACGUUCCUUUCAGCUGCGGGCUAAAUAAGAAUGGCUUCAACGAUUGGAUGAGAAUACAGGAGCACAAGAAGGCGGAAAUGGAUCCUGCAAGUCGCCGGAAGACGAUCCUACUCAAACUCUUCCAAUCGACGUCUUCAAGAAUCUCUCUUCUUUCUCUGACCUGGAAGGAAGAAGUCUCCCUCCCUUCCCUAUAGGCUAUAGGAGAGUGCAGAUGCAUUCCUUCAAUUGAUUCGAUUGGUCAACUAAUCCAUGAAUGGUACGAGUACUCAGACAGUCUGACUAGUCAAUGAGUCUAUCCCUAGACUCUGACCAUCUAAAAGGACCUUCCCUAACAAUUCUUCUAACCCGGCUCCUCCUAACUCAUAGGGAAGACCAACUCACUGACCACCUGACCCAGGUGAAAGCGUAAUUAUCCUAUAAAGGCAUAAAAA